AUUUGAAAAUUAUUAUUAUUAUUAUUUUUGUUGUUUUUAACCAUCACCAUUGAAAAAAAAAUUCAACCAAAUUGGUCAAUCAGCAACAUCCAGGCAAGAUAUUCAAACAAGAAAUAUUAUUAUGAAACGUAAAGAAAUAAUGUCUGCAUUAGAAUUAAAAGAUGAAGGAAAUAAAUAUUUUUCAUUACAUAAAUAUGAAGAUGCUAUUAAUCUUUAUAGCCAGGCUAUUAAUCGCAGCCCAUCAACACCAACAUUCUAUACAAAUCGUGCACUUUGUCAUUUGAAAUUAAAAAAUUGGGAUGCAUCAUGUGAUGAUAGCCGUCGGUCAUUGGAAUUGGAUCCAAAUUCAAUUAAAGGACAUUUUUUUCUUGGUUUAGGUUUAUUAGAAUUAGGUCAUUAUGAUGAAUCGAUUGCUCAUCUACAGAAAGCAUUAGAAUUAUCAAAAGAAACUAAACGAAAUUAUGGUGAUGAAAUUGCCUAUCAAAUACGAUUAGCCAAAAAGAAACGUUGGAACAUGAUGGAAGAGAAACGUAUUCGUGCUGAAAUUGAACUACAAAGUUAUCUUUGUGAUUUGAUUCAUAAAGAUAAAGAACAACAAAUGUUAAAACUUAAACAAGAUAUUUGUGAUGAAGUUGUUAAAGAUGAACAAAUUAUUAAACAAUUAGAACAAAUGAUACAUCAAACAUUUGAUGAACGUAUUGUUGCUACAAAUGAAUUAUUUCAAAUGGUUGAUGAUAGACGAAAGAAACGUGAAGUACCGGAUUAUCUUUGCGGUAAAAUAAGUUUUGAAAUAAUGCAAGAUCCAGUUAUAACACCAAGUGGUAUUACAUAUGAUCGUAAAGAUAUUGAUGAACAUUUACAACGUGUUGGUCAUUUUGAUCCGGUUACACGUACACCAUUAACCGCAAAUCAAUUAAUACCAAAUUUAGCAAUGAAAGAAGUUAUUGAUAAUUUUUUAGCUGAAAAUGAAUGGGCUAAUGAUUAUUGAAUGACCAUCCAAAUUCAUCAAGAUUGGAUACCAUCCAUCAAUAUUUGUUUUGUUCACAUCAUCUCUCGCGUUCUUGUAAAUUAUUAUUAUUUUUUUUCCCCGGAACAAAAACAUUUUGCAUGUAAAAAACAAA